GGUACAGCCCAAGGCGGAAGCGGCUGCCUGAAGGAACCGGCUCGCGAAUGCAGCAAUGGCUGCGGGCGUACCCUGUGCGUUGGUCACUAGCUGCUCCUCCACCUUCUCUGGGGACCGGCUGGUCCAACGUGAGUAGAUAGGCGCCUGGGCCGACCUUCAAGGCCCCUGAGCCUCGGCGGACGACGGCCCCAGCACCACGGCCUCUGUGGGCCUUGUCACCGCCGCGGGCCCUGUGCUCUUCCUCCACUCGGUCUAGGCGCCUAGUCUCCCCAGAUAUCCUUGGAACAGAAGAUCUUACUGUGGAAGUGACUUCCAAUGAUGCUGUGAGGUUCUAUCCCUGGACCAUUGAUAAUAAAUACUAUUCAGCAGACAUCAAUCUAUGUGUGGUACCAAACAAAUUUCUUGUUACUGCAGAGAUUGCAGAAUCUGUCCAAGCGUUUGUGGUUUACUUUGAUAGCACACAAAAAUCGGGUCUUGAUAGUGUCUCCUCAUGGCUUCCACUGGCAGAAGCAUGGUUACCUGAGGUGAUGAUCUUGGUCUGUGAUAGAGUGUCAGAAGAUGGUAUAAACCGACAGAAAGCUCAAGAAUGGUGCAUCAAACAUGGCUUUGAAUUGGUAGAACUUAGUCCAGAGGAGUUGCCUGAGGAGGAUGAUGACUUCCCAGAAUCUACAGGAGUAAAGCGAAUUGUCCAAGCCCUGAAUGCCAAUGUGUGGUCUAAUGUAGUGAUGAAGAAUGAUAGGAACCAAGGCUUUAGCCUUCUCAAUUCAUUGACUGGAACAAACCAUAGCAUUGGGUCAGCAGAUCCCUGCCACUCAGAGCAACCCCACUUGCCAGCAGCAGAGAGUACUGCAUCCCUCUCAGAUCAUCUGGGUGGUGCAUCUAACACAGCAGAUGCCCAGGUUGAUAACCUUGUGGAUCCCAUGUUAGAUCUGGAUAUUCAAGAAUUAGCCAGUCUUACUACUGGAGGAGGAGAUAUGGAGAAUUUUGAAAGACUGUUUUCAAAGUUAAAGGAAAUGAAAGAUAAGGCUGCGACGCUUCCUCACGAGCAAAGAAAGUUGCAUGCAGAAAAGGUGGCCAAAGCAUUCUGGAUGGCAAUUGGGGGAGACAGAGAUGAAAUUGAAGGUCUUUCAUCUGAUGAAGAGCACUAAAUUAUUCAUACUAGGAUCUGACUAACGAAGAUGCUAGCUCUGUCUGAGAUUCCUCUCCACUCAGCGCAGUCAUAAUUUGCCAGAAUUGCCACUAUCAUGUCAGCUGCCUGACUUGUUUAUAGGGUCCCCUUAAUUUUAGUUUUUAGUGGGAGGUUAAGGAGAAAUCUUUUCUCCCUCAGUAUAUUGUAAGAGAGUGAGGAAUACAGUGAUAAUAAUGAGUGAGGAUUUCUUAAAUAUACUUUUUUUUUUUUAAUUCUAGGAAUGAGGGUAGGAUAAAUCUCAGAGGUCUGUGUGAUUUACUCAAGUUGAAGAUAACCUCCAGGCCAUUCCUGGUCAACCUUUUAAGUAGCAUUCCCAGCAUUCACAUUUGAUACUGCACAUCAGGAGCUGUAUCAUCUUUCCUGGGUGAUUUGGAUUUUCUCCAUUCAAGAAGCUUGUGUCUCUGAGGUACGAUGCUUUUAUUGGGAGGAAAGGAGGCAGCUGCAGAACUGAUGUGACCUGUAAUAAAGGUGGGGCCAAAGUUAUAGCUGCAACUUAGUCUCUACCUAAGAAAAUGCCUCUGGGCAUUUCUUUUGAAGUAUAGUAUCUGAGCUCAUGCUAGAAAGAAUCAAAAAGCCAGUGUGGAUUUUUUUACUGUAAUAAAUAAGGCAAAGAUUUCUAUUCCAGUGAGAAUAAAACCUCUCUGCUGAGUUGUGAGGGAUAUGUUGUAUGUUAGAGAGAACCUUAAGGAGUCUCUGUAUGGGCCAUGGAGAGUAUGUGAUAAUAUACUGUGAUUUUCAUGAAGAAACUCUUCUGCCUUAGAGUUCUCCCCUUCUGCUUGAGAUGCCAGAGGUGUGUUGUCAUACUUUAUACCCACAAAACAAGACACAUUUCCCCUUUAAAGCCAAACAGAGAUCACUGCCAAAGUGGGAACACUAAGAGGUGGGUGGGGAAGUGAAAUGUUAGGCAGUGAAUUCCUAAGCUGUCUUGAGAAACUUAGCUACUUCUCAGGUUCAUAGCUGUUCUCUGCCCUUCCAAGCCUGUGACCUUGGGGAACUAUCUUUUGUUCUUUAUCCUUUGUCUUGUUUGAAUGGGUCAGUCCCAGAGGAACUGAUAAGCAAAUGGCAGGUUUUUAAAGGAAGGGUGGAAAGUACAGCAAAUAAAAAUCCUUAUUUGUUUUUGUA